UUGCCGUUCACACGGCAGCGUUUGGAAGCCGCUGUUUCCAAAAAAACUCACUCGGGGGGGAGGCAUUUUUGCCAUCCCUAGGACGCUGUUUAUGGCCCAUGUGGAAAGGGCCCUGGACUCAGGGUUAUGUAGUUUCUUCAUCAUUGUAGAGACUAUUCAAUACUAUUAGUGCUAGAAAAAUGCUGACUUUAUACAAACAAGGGAAGAAGAGAAACAUGCUUUACACGCACACAAAUGUGCUGGACAUGUAAACAUCCAUAGACCUACGGCAGGUUUAUGACUGUCACAGCAUUUAAAAUUUCUGAAAGAUGCACUUCGUACUCCAUCAUUCAAAGAUUUAGGUAAAUUAUUUACAGGAAUUGUGUUACUAAGUCCAGCAAGGUGCUUACCACACUGUUAAGCAAAAGGGAGAGGGAAAGGGAUUCAGAGAGCGGUCAAAAGAGCGUCCGGGGCAGGGUGUGGAGGGAGCUUAAGGCUGCUUAAGGCUGCCCUAGUUGUGUUGGUUUUUAACACUUAAGGGACUGGUGAUGCUUCGCUACUUGGAAAGAGGACUCUCUAGAGAGGAGAAACACACCUGGCAAAGAUACAAUCUAGCUGUUAUGCUAGCAUCCUUAUUUUUCCAAACCUGUGGACUGAACAUAUCGAAACCCAAUAUUUUGCUAAUAAUGGCAGAUGACCUUGGCUAUGGUGAUUUGGGAUGCUAUGGUAAUACCACAAUUAGGACUCCUAAUAUUGAUCAGCUGGCAAAAGAGGGAGUGAAACUUACUCAACACAUUGCUGCAGCACCACUUUGUACUCCAAGCAGAGCAGCUUUCUUGACUGGCAGAUACCCAAUCAGAUCAGGAAUGACAUCCAGCAGUAAAACGCGCAUCCUUUUUUGGAAUGCUGGCUCAGGAGGGCUUCCCACUAAUGAAACAACUUUUGCAAAGUUAUUGCAGCAGCAAGGCUAUGCAACUGGCCUGAUAGGGAAAUGGCACCUGGGUCUGAACUGUGAAUCCCGCAACGAUCACUGCCACCACCCUUUGAACCACGGCUUUGAUUAUUUCUAUGGCACCCCUUUUACCCUUACAAAUGAAUGUCAGUCUAGGAAGAAUCCUGAACUUGGAGUAACACAGCAAGCUACUUACUGGUUUUACACACAGAUGGUUGCACUUUUGGUUUUAACCCUUCUGCUGGGAAAAGUGACUGGUUUGUGCUGUGUAAAAUGGAAAAUAAUUGCCUUAAUUACAUUGAGUGGCAUUUUGUUUUUCUUCUGUUGGUUUGCCAGUUAUGGAUUUGUAAAAUAUUGGAACUGUAUCAUAUUAAGAAAUCAUAUCAUUCUUGAGCAACCAAUGGACCCAGAGAACUCUGCUUCCAGGAUAUUGAAAGAAAGCAUCUCUUUUAUUGAACGAAAUAAAAAAGGGCCAUUUCUCCUCUUUGUUUCUUUUUUGCACGUCCAUACACCGCUUAUCACUACAGAAACGUUUCGUGGAAAAAGCAGGCACAGUUUAUAUGGAGACAAUGUAGAAGAAAUGGACUGGAUGGUAGGAAAAAUUCUUGCUGCUGUUGAUAAAAAGGGAUUGAGGAAUAACACUUUUACUUACUUCACAUCUGACCAUGGAGGAUUUUUGGAGGCAAGAUAUGGAGACGUACAGAUGGGUGGCUGGAAUGGUAUAUAUAAAGGUGGGAAAGGCAUGGGAGGCUGGGAAGGAGGAAUACGUGUGCCUGGAAUAGUUAGAUGGCCAGGAGUGGUCCCUGCUGACGCUAUUAUUGAUGAGCCAACAAAUCUUAUGGAUAUUUAUCCCACAGUAGCUCACCUGGCUGGUGCAUCAGUACCACAAGACAGAGUGAUUGAUGGCCGGAACUUACUGCCAUUACUGCAGGGAUCAGCACAGCACUCAGAACAUGAAUUCAUGUUUCACUAUUGUGGAUCAUAUUUACAUGCAGUGCGCUGGUACCAGAAGGAAAGUGGUGCCCUCUGGAAAGCCCAUUACGUGUCUCCAAAAUUUUAUCCAGAAGGGGCUGGAGCCUGUUAUGGACAAAGGAUGUGCCAGUGUUUUGGAGAGGCAGUAACCCACCACACCCCUCCUUUGCUUUUUGAUCUCUUACAUGACCCUUCUGAAGUCAACCCUUUGUCACCAAAUUCUGAGCCACUUUUUAACACAAUUGUAAGUCAAAUCCAAACAGCGGUGGAUGAACAUCAUCGGACACUCAUUCCUGUCACUGAGCAACUUGGUUUGUAUAAUAAUAUAUGGAAACCAUGGCUGCAGCCAUGCUGUGGUACAUUCCCCCUCUGCUGGUGUAAUAAAGGAAAUAGUAAUGACAAUAUAAGUAUUUAAAAAAUGGGUCACCAAAGAACCGUUUGUAAUAAAUGUCCUUUGGUAACUUAAACUCAAUCUGCCCUGGUUUGAGAAGGAAUUCAGCGCUCUAGAGACUAAGGAAGUCUCAGGCCUGCUUGAAUGAAACUUCUAUGUAAGUGAACUGUCUUAAUAGCAACAAUAAAUGGGUUUUAAUUAA